CACACACGCUCUCACAGAACGCACAUACACUCAAAUCUCAGAAGCAUCUGUCUUCUAAUGAGAGACUGGAAAACCUGUGCUGAGGAAGCAGAGUGAAAACUAGAGAGAAAUAAAACGAACAAAAAAAAAAAACAGGAAGGAUGAGGCCUUCUUUCACAGCUGGGCUGCGCUAUAUAGAACACGUGCAGGGGAGAAAUAGCAUUUCCUGAGGGAGGAGAGAGGAUGGAGAGAGCGGUGAGAGAGAAAGAGAGCAACGAGAAAGAGGAAGGGAGAGAGGAAAGUGUGUGAAGCUGGCCCAAGCAGUCGAAGAUGGAAGUGUGUUCGGUGUGGCGGAUUAGACGAAAGAACUGAAGAGACUUUUUUUUAUUUUACCUUAAGUUGGCAAUGGAAGCAAAGUGGGUUUAUGUGGGUGCAGUAAGCCACAGGCAUGGCAUUGGUCCAGUCCCUUCCAGUAACUACUGAUCACCAACUUCCAGGUCUGGAGAGUCGUAGACAGCGUUCCUCUCCUGUUUCACCACCUUCUAUAGGGGGCAUGGGGUCUGUUAGCAGUAUGAUCCCCAGCCAAACUGCAUACCAUGGUCGCACCAACCUAGAGGCUACGGCUCAACUCCGCCGGGGUACACCAGGUUCUGGACGACUUCUUUCUGAUUCUUCUCAUGAAGGAAUUCCAUAUCAAUUUCAAAGUCGAACACCAUCAAGCAAGAGAAAGGCCAUUGCAGCUCGAGGGAAGGGUAUUGUUGGGCGAUCAUAUUCACAUGAAGAUUUGAUCACUGACUGGAAUGAUAACUGGUUGGGUUCAGUCCAGAGUGGAGUAGAGAUGGGUGUGGAUGGGCCUCCCAAACUGGUGCCUGUUUCUGGGCAGUUAGAAAGGAACGUACAGCAGGCCAUCAUCCGACCAACAGCUUUCAAGCCUGUGGUGCCAAAGAGCAGACAUUCUAUGCAGUAUCUCUCACCACGGCUAGGUGGAGGAUUAUCAGGGAGCCAGGGCAACCUCAGUGCACUCUCCUCAGAUCAAGAUACCAUCAGGCCAGUAACCACAGAACGACGCAGCUCCUACAGCGGAGCUCGAAAUGGUUUAUUCAGUCAGUCUUUCACUAUGACGGACUCGGGAAGGAACUCAUUGACUAACCUGAAUGCAUACAAUGGCCCUGUUUAUAGUUUAAACCAAGCAGAAGCUAGCAAGCCUGUGCUUAGCCAUGGACACUCCAAUUCAGACAGUGGACGUUCAUCUUCUAGUAAAAGCACAGGGUCUUUUGGAAGUCGCAGUCAACCGGGUGUAUCGGACAUGGGAUCAGGUGGAGUCUCUCCUCCACCAAUAGAGGCUUAUGAGGCAAUUGUGAGGGACCUGGAAGAAAAAUUGAGGGAAAGAGAGUUGGAGCUGCAGCACCUCAGAGAAAAUCUAGAUGAAAAUGAGGUGGCUAUUUGUCAGGUGUAUGAAGAAAAGCAAAAACGCAGUGAGCUAGAGAUGGAAGAAUUGCGACAGAGCUGCGCCACUAAAAUGCAGAAGGCAUCUCAGAAGGCCCAGCGGGCCCAGCAGAUCCUUCAGUUCCAGAUCUUCCAGCUUCAGCAGGAGAAAAAGAAGUUGCAUGAUGACUUUAUGCAAGCCCUGCAGGAACGUGAGCGGCUUGAGGAGCGUUGUGCCUCCUUUGAAAGGGAACACACUCAAAUGGGACCAAGGCUGGAGGAGACCAAGUGGGAGGUGUGUCAGAAGACAGGUGAGAUCUCUUUGCUAAAACAGCAGCUGAAGGACUUGCAAGCAGACCUAUCUCAGCGAGUGGGAGAGGUUGUGACACUACGGGGGCAGAUGCGGGAGGCACGGGCUGAGCUUCAGAAUACCCAGAGCCAACUACAGGAGGCACACACGCAUACACGCACUCGUGCCCUCGAGCUGGAAGUGUGCGAGAACGAACUGCAACGACGCAAAAGUGAGAAUGAGCUCCUGCGAGAGAAAAUGAGGCGUUUGGAGGAGGAGUCGAUUCGACUCAGCAAGGCUUUAAAUGAAUAUGCCGAGGUCCAGCAGGAAUCAGGCUACAGAGGUGGUGCAAGUGGUGAGGAGCAAAGGCUGGCAAAUGAUAGCGAGGAGGUGAAAGGUCAGCGUCAGAGCUCCAGGCAGCAGGUGGAGAGACUGAAAGGUGAGCUGGCUCGCCAGAAGCAGCUGGUAGAGGAUCAGGGGGCGGCGUUUGAGAACGAGCGCCACUGCUGGGAGGAGGAGAAGGACAAAGUGAUCCGUUAUCAGAAGCAGCUGCAGCAGAACUAUGUUCAGAUGUACCGGCGCAACCGUGAGCUCGAGGCAGCCCUACGCGAGCUUAGUCUCGAGUUGGAGAAACGAGAGCAGGACGACGAGAGCAGCGGCAAUGAGGUCACCUUUGACGAUGUUGCUGCAACCGAGAUCUAAUACAAUACAGGCCAAAUUCUACUCAUUUUUUCUCAUACACAGUUGCUUAUUUAAUCGAUGCCCUGUUGACCCAGGCCAUCACUUUUAAUUUUAUAGCAAUAUCAGCUUUUUUUUUUUGCUUACUGAUUUAAAAAAUCAUUCACUUUCACUCACUUACACUAAAAUGUGAAGCAGAAAGCUGUAAAUAAACUCGAAUGAAGUGUUGGAAAA